GCCAUAGCAGUCAGCAUCAGUUCAGUUUUGGUUCUCACUGAGGUGUCACAACAAGUACAAGCGGUACAGACACAUCGUUCCCAUUCAUCUUCAGCACAGUACAGUUGCAGUAUACAACAAACUCAUCUCACCAUGAAGUGCUUCGUUGCCAUUGCUCUGCUCGCCGUCGCCGUCAGUGCGUCGCCGGUUGAAUACGGCCACUAUGCUCCCCACGCCCUGGUCCAUGCCCCGGUGGCCGUCCAUGCUCCGGUGCUGAAGCACGUCGUUGCCGAGCCUGUUGCCUACCCGAAGUACUCGUUCAACUACGGCAUCAAGGACCCGCAUACCGGUGACAUCAAGUCGCAGGCCGAGGAGCGCGACGGAGAUGUCGUCAAGGGCCAGUACUCGCUGGUUGAGCCCGACGGUUCGGUCCGCACCGUCGACUACACCGCCGACGACCACAACGGAUUCAACGCCGUCGUCCACAAGUCUGCCCCGGCCGUCCAGAAGGUCAUCGCCGCCCCGGUUGCCCACUACGCUCCGGCCCCCGUCCUGAGCCACUACGUGCACUAAAGUGAUACCAAGCCAACACCUCCUCAACGCCAAUUUAUCCACUUCUGCUAGUAAUCGUAGUCAUAUACACAUAAACACUAUCUCUCUGUCUCACGCUCUAUCAUACACAUACUGUUUCCGCGUAGAACGAAGACCAAACGAAGCAUGGUUUUGCGAACGGAAGGAUGUAGCGUAGCGACUCACCCAGCUGUCCUAGCGCCUACUAAAGGACGAAAAGCCCAAGCCCAAUCCAAGCAAAGACGUACAAUCGAGCAUUUCGUUCGAUGCUUGCGAACACCUGUGUGGAACCAUCAGUGGAUUUCAAUGAGCGCUUUCGGAUUUGCUUUUGUUUGCGCAAUGGCGGCGCAACAGGCGGCUGCGACGCCACUGGUUGUCGCCGUGGUGACUUUGCGUCACUGGCGCCUAGAUCGCUGCAAUCGGUUUCGCACGCCGCUGUAGUGAAGCUUUUUUUGCAAGCUUGCUGCCAGUGCCGGAGCCGAAGCGAAUGGGUCCGCCCAUCCCCUCUUCAUCAAUAUUCCUUCCCUUCGGGAGCUUCUUUACAGCUCGUUUCUGGUCUUGCCCGUUGCUGCACCACUCAUGGUGGUAGCCGACAUUUCUAAUGAUCUUCUAGCCUCAUCCUCCCUCACCUGGGUACGGGGAUCUUACAAUGUAGCCAGCCCCCUUCCCAAGGAUGUGUUGAUAUUGUGCGUACACCAACGCACACACACACACUCUAUCUCUCUGUGAUCUGUUACCGCUACUGUUACUUACUUUACUUAUUUUACUACUACCAUCGUUACUACUUGCUAUUUGCUGCACAAUGCACUGGCAGGGCACCGAUCCUGCUGGUAGUCAGGCGCUUUCCUCCGAGCAGCGUUGGCAGCGUAAUGCACGAAAAUCGUGCUACCUCCUUCCGCUCCUUCCGAUGGACGGAGAAAGGGUGUGCAGAGCCAAAAAAAUGCAAAACACAACAACGAAACGAAGCAAUCAUUGACAUCCAUGUGAAACCAGUUGCAAGUAUCAACACUGUAAAUAAUGAAUAAAAACCAUCAAUGUUUUUUAUAUAAAAAAA